AUGAGACUGGGGAUUCCAAUGGAUCUCAAGGAGUCAUUCAUCAGGAGCCAGCUAUACCACCGACCGAUGGCCGUGACGAAUUGCUAGAAUUACUGCUGUGGUCUAAUCAACUCAUCGAUGUUGUGGAAAUUGAAGAUGACGUGGAAGUCCUGUCUUCCUCGGGAGAUUUCAGCCAGGUUCAUACCUCGAAAUUCGCGACAUAUAUUCAUCUACCUUUAAUGAUUGGCGCUCCCUAAUAUUGGAGCUAGUUAUAAAAUAACAAAAAACCAAUGAUAGACGGUUACUUCUUGAAGAUUUGAUACAUUUUCAGUCAUUUCAUAGAUGAUUCUAACUGCAUCGAGUUGUUCUUUCCAAUCUUGCAGGGUAGACCCCUGCCUCAGAGGGCGCAUCCUGUUACUAUAAUCUUAGAUGAUGAUCUUGAUCUCCCCGCAGGGCCUUCAGGUGCGCUGCAUUAUCCAUCUCUGAAAGCCUUGGGGUCUGAAAAACCUCUUCUUGUUAAAUUUUUAGACGGAGGUCGCUAGUUGCCCCCAAUUGUCACCUCUUCAGCUUCAUGCCGAUUUUCUGAAGCUCUUCUACUAAGAACCUGUAUCGGGUACCGGAGCAUGAAGGCAUAAACCUUCGAUCAGGGAGAUUAAUGAUGUCAGGCGGAGCCGAAAAGAUCUUUUAUUUGCAUUACGGCCCAAGUUCUCAUGUUUCUCUUUCUCAUCCACUUUUUCUUUAGUAAUCUUCGUCAGAGCACCGUGCUUAAAGUCAAAGAACAGAUAGCUUCUGGUUACUCAUGUUUCCUCUCCUCACCCACUUUUUUCUCAGAUAAUCUCCAUCAGAGCGCCGUGUUUCUAGCUAAAGAACCGGCAGUACUUCUGGUUUCUCAUGUUUCCUCCUCUUCUUACCCACUUUUUUCUUGGAUAAUCUCGAUCAGAGAACCAUGCAUCUAGCUAAAGAACCGACAGUUCUUCUGGUUUCUCAUGUUUCCUCCUCUCCUCACCCACUUUUUUCUUGGAUAAUCUUCAUCAGAGCACCAUAUUUCUACUCUGAACAUCAAACAGAGCCCCAUAUUUCUCUUUCAUUCUUUCGUCCACUCAUCUGUUGAAAUGUCUGGUUUUCCUUCUAGUCCAUCCCAUGAUGGGUUUCAUUUUUCCCUCCUUCCUUCUAAAGGAUCAGCUGCGGAUCAUCCAGCAGUUCCAGCGACUGCCAAGAGCCGGCACGGACAGAAGCGUCCGCUCAACCAGGCAUUAGCUGACGAGAACGACGGAGAUGAGGUGGACAUUCGCAGACCCAAGGUAGAUAGUUCUCUCAUGAUGAAUAAAUCCUUGGUCAUAUCAAGCCAGAUCAUUUUUUUCUAACUGUUUGAUGGUUCGUGAAAUGGCAGAGGGACCAGCCGAUGCAUGCCGUACUCAAGUGCGCAAUCUGCUGGGGUCCAAUGGCCGAAGAGACCACAACCACCUGCGGCCAUGUUUUCUGCAAGCAGUGCAUCGGGGCCGCCAUCCGUGUGCAGAAGAGAUGCCCCACAUGCAGGAAGUCCCUCACGAUGAGGAACAUCCACCGGAUCUACCUUCCCACGGUCUUCUCAGGCUCUUCGGCAUGA